UUCAAACUGGACCUUACUACAAAGGGCAGAGAAAUGGUGGUACGGAUGUCUUCCUUUGAGUCUACAGGCAUAACAUCGCCCUCAUCGAUUUCGGACGAUGACGAAAACAACGAUGAAUACUUCGAUGAGAGGUUACAAGAAGAUGGCGGAUUAUUAGAUGGAUGUUACACCGACAAAACUGUGAUAUUAAUGACCAAAUGUGAGGAACGCAGCAAAAACGUUAUACUAAGGAGUAUAGUAGGAAGUGCAAAUGACUGUGUCACCCGGAAAAUUCGACAUGGAAAGGUCGAAAAGGUGAAAAGUCCGAAGGUGGAACUGAAACAUGUAAACAUGCCACUACGGGCCAACCUGAGGUUGCAGCUGCAGCGUGCGCAACUGGCAGAAGAAGUUGAGCGUGAAAAAGACACAUCACUUCUAUCCCAGUCUCACCGUCCUGUCUCCACCAAACCUCAGGUCAUCCAGGUGCCCCUGUCUCAGUCCCUCAACUCCGGCGAAGUUCCAGUUCAGAUCCUCAAGGUUCAAACCAAACUAAAGAAUCCCACACAGUUUCAUGUACAGGAGAGUAAAAAGCGACAGAUCCAGGCCUUCCUGAGUAAGUCACUAGACAGCUCGGCAGCAGUGCAGUCUCUCCCAAACAUCUCCACAAUGACUAUAAACUCCAGUGAUCUCGGACAGAGUGGAAGUGCACCGGUCGACCCUGACAGUCCUUUGUCCAUGGGACUUUGCAGCUCCGCAACUAGUGUUUCUGAUAUGGACAAUCUCCUCAGUGAUAUUAUCAGCUUAGAAUCUGUGGACGCUUCUGUAGAUCACGAUCUCAACUUUAUAGAACCGUCUCUCACACAUAUGUCAUCCACACUACCGCAGUCGAAUUUGGUGAAUACAGUACACGACGUUACAUCAGGGACAGAAUCCUCUACUUCCUGUCCUGCAGCAUUUAGAAGGGCAGAAACGCCGCCAUUUAUGUCGGAGGAAGAAUCCCGCUUAUGGCAAAAAGAUCGACAGAAGAAGGACAACCACAAUAUGAUUGAGAGAAGGAGACGGUUUAACAUUAAUGACAGAAUCAAAGAACUCGGAACACUGCUGCCCAAGACAUUAGAUCCGGACCUGCGACAGAAUAAAGGCACCAUUCUGAAGGCCUCGGUGGAUUACAUAAGGAGACUGAAGAAAGACCAGGAACGUAGCAGACAAAUGGAGGAACGGCAGCGAGGACUAGAGCAGACCAAUAGGAAAAUGCUUCUCCGUAUCCAGCAAUUGGAGCUACUCAUGCAAGCAAGUGGUAUGAACACUGGCAUGCAGGACGAAAUCGAAAACUUCAUCAUGCAGAGCAAUGCAUCCAAUCAUAUUCAACAGCAGCAAAACAUUUCAAUGACUCUGACAAACACACAAAAUCUGUCGCCAGCGGUUACAGUGACUCCAAUAGAAACCCUUAGCCACACUCAUCAUUUAUUGGACGAUUUAAUGGACGACACAUCUCCAUUGGGUAUCGACCCGAUGUUGUCUUCGGAGCCUGUCAGUCCUAACGAUAUGGACGAUUCGGAAGAACUGUGAUAAAGUUUUGUUAAUUAUGAUCCAUUUGUACAUACAAGCCAGAAAAAUGAUUGAAUUCCUUUAGUUUAUGGUGUACCCUGAAAUGCAAAUAUCAAUUGUAUAUCAAAAUGAAUUGGAAAUGUCAGUGCUGGCACACCGACGGAGGUUGAUUUUUCUGGCUUGGAUAGCUGAUUGAAAUGAGAAUUUCAUGUUAUAAUGUGAAAGUUGAUAGCGUUACAGUUUGUAAGAUUGAAAUAUUCAAAGAAUAUUUUAUCAGAUGGAAAGAGUUUUUGAAUUGAAUGGACACUGAGAGAGUUGAGAGCAAGAUACAAAAAACAUAUCUAUGUGUUUCUUGUAAUAAAUGGUACCAGAAUUGUAUAGCUAUCUAUUAUGGAUACAUGUUAACAGGCGGCCAUUUGUGGUAUAGUCACAUGAACCCCACAAGUCAACUGUACAUGUCAUUGAAUUAAAUAAAGGACAUGUAUUGAUUAUAUUAAACAGUAUAUCGGUCCUGUUAAAAACUUAUAGCAUUUGAAAUGCUUCCGCAGCAGUAAUGCAUGUAUAUUGGGAAACUGGGGACAUGUGUGUAUAGGUUAACAAUAAUGGUACAUGCAUAUAGAUAAAGACUUAUCUCAGCUCAGUCAUUUGUCCUCUUACAUUUGAAGAAACAGACAAGCUAGCAGACAGAUUAUAAUCGCUGUUUGUGUUAAAAGAUAAACAUCUUUCCAAAUAAACAUCAAACAGAAAGUCUUAUUAUUUAAAUAUUAUAAAACCAGCUUAUAUAUGUAUGAUUUUUAAGUCCUGGAGUGACAUUUAUGUGAAUUUAUUGAUAUCAGAAAACCCUUGGUUCUGCUUAAAAUUUUAAGGAUUGUCCGGGGUUUGUGAGUUAUGUUUAUAAUAUAUCUCGUGCAGGAAAUGAAUAGAAAAUAGUUUCUAGGUAUAUACACUUUAUAAGUGUGAGGUUUUGAAUCCUAAGAGAACGAAGAAUUUUCUUGUCGAUCCAUGAUCUGCUUGCUGAUAUUGAACUGUCGCAGAUUCCUGCAGAUUACCUUCAUAUGGUAAUGAUCUAGGUUUCUUCUUAUAAUACAGAUUAUAAGCAUAAAAUACAAGGUAUAAUUCGUCUUCAUUUACCUGAAGGUGCUACAGAGUUUCAAACUGACACCGAUGUUACAGAAAUUAAAUUAUGGAAUCCUGUGGAAAAUGUCAAAAUUACCAAGAGUCAUUUCAAGUAUACAAUGAAAAAUCCAACAGUUGGACAUACCAUUCAUUUUCGAAGUAUACAUGCUUUAAUCAACAAGAACACUAUCCAUGGAUUUAAUUGUAAUUCAAAUAAACUUAUUCCUCUUGAAUAUUUAAUUUUUUCAUUGAGAGUGAAAUGAUAGUCGUAUCAGAAAAAGUUAUAAAAAAUGCCUGUAUUUUGAUAAUUAAUGUGAAAAUUGGAUUCUUUUACAGAAAAAAAUAUGUGUAACUGAAUUGGAUUUUUUUAUGAGCCAAAGACCGGAUUUGACAUUCUGUCGUCUGGCCAGUAGAUUUUUAUGAACAAUCAUGAACUCUUAAGUUUGUCACGACCUUUGGCCCUUGGAUUUUUAAAGUAAAUUUGACGGCAAUAAAUCUUUAAGUAUUUACAUGAUAUUUGAAAUAGUAGUGCUUGUGUCCCCUUGGAAAUGAACACCAGAUAUUAUUGAUUUUUGGCACAGAACAGUCUGAAAAUGUUUAUGUGUAUUGUAGAUAGUAUGUAUAUAUACCAUGUUGUUGUAAUAUAUUCAUCGCAAAUUUCUAUUUUUAUAUUCUUACACACCAAACACAUUGAAAAUGAUAUUGUCUCUUUGAUGAUAAAAAAUGUUAUGUACAUAAAUGCUGUAAUUAUUAAUUAUGAUUUCUCCAGUAAAUGAUGUUUGAUAAAAAAUGUUAUGUACAUAAAUGCUGGAAUUAUUGAUUAUGAUUUCUCCAGUAAAUAAUAUUUGAUAAAAUAUGUGAGCUUUGCAAAAAUGAUACUUCAAUUAACAGUUAUGCUUUUAAUUAUCACCUGCAUGGGAUAUUGACGACAGCAUCUUCUUGAUCGGAAGAUACUUUCUGGGAUAUUUACCUCGUAUUUGUGCACCUGCGCAACUUAAUCAAGAAAAACAACAAAAAACCUGUGUAAACAAAUACAAAUUCCCUGUAGUUAUAUUUCAUAAAAAGCCAUUUGGCCAUUUGCACUCUUAGAUUGACGUGGAAAGAUAUUUUUGAAAGCUCACAAACACAGUUUUCAAUCGUUUUUUGUGUUAAAAGAAAAAUAUCAUUCCAAAUCAGUUAUUGUGCUAUUUCUGUGGUCCACUAGUAAUCGCUUGAUCGUUAGUGUGCCAUUUCUGUGGUUCUCUAGUAAUCGCUUGAUCGUUAGUGUGCCAUUUCUGUGGUUCUCUAGUAAUCGCUUGAUCGUUAGUGUGCCAUUUCUGUGGUUCUCUAGUAAUCGCUUGAUCGUUAGUGUGCCAUUUCUGUGGUUCGCUAGUAAUCGCUUGAUCGUUAGUGUGCCAUUUCUGUGGUUCUCUAGUAAUCACUUGAUCGUUAGUGUGCCAUUUCUGUGGUUCGCUAGUAAUCGCUUGAUCGUUAGUGUGCCAUUUCUGUGGUUCGCUAGUAAUCGCUUGAUCGUUAGUGUGCCAUUUCUGUGGUUCGCUAGUAAUCACUUGAUCGUUAGUGUGCCAUUUCUGUAGGUCCUAUAUAGUUUUAAGUGAACAUGUGGUGAACAUUGUAUAUUUCUUGAUUAAAUUUUAAUACUGCGUGAAGUGAUCAGUUUAAUUUUGAAUUAAAAUAAAUGAUGAAAAAAUUCAGUCUUUGAAAAAGAAGGGAAAGUGCAAUGUGAGAGUGCUUAGUGUAUAUUUGUACAUUGAUUUUUGAAAAAUUCAAAUGUGCAAUUCUAUUUAUUUUAAUGAAUAAUUGGGCAUGUAUUCUUACUUAAAAAGAAUACAAAAUUUAAAAUAUUGUUUCUGUGGGCUGCUAGUAUUGAUAAUUUAUUGGGCAUAUAGAGUAUUUAAAAAGAAGUAAGAAAUUUUAUAUUAUUUGAUAAAUGCUUAUCCUUUACAUAGAUGUCCACCAAUUUAAGCAGGUGAUUUUUUUAUAUGUCUAGUUUUAAUUGCUUUGACUUUUGAGUUGGUCAAAUUCAAAUUUUAUAAAGGUUGAGUUUUAAAGUGAUUGAGGUCAAUGUUAAAAUUUGAAGUAAUGUAUCCAAAUAUUGGAGCGCCUUUUUAUCCAUAAAGGAAUAAAGAUAUAGGUGUUUGUGCAUGUUUUUCGUCUGUGAGAGUUACAUGAUGCUAGAUGCAAGUAUGUAUUGAAUUUUAAAAGAUUCUCAGAAUGGGGAUUAGGCUCUGUCCAGGUAACUAGUAUUGCUAUGAAAAAUAAGUUGAUUUCCACCUACUUUGAUAAAAGUGAUGACAUUUUAUUUUAAAGAUUGAUUUUAUACAUUAUUAAGUUGUUUUCAUUGUUUGAUAUAGACAUUUUUGGUUAAGUUGGUCCCGCUGUGUCAGAUAGAUUUGACAUUUGUGUAUAUUAGUAGUGUAAAUAGUCAGUAUCUUCUUAUCAUGUUACACUUUUGCAGAAUGAAUAGUAUUAAAAAUAUUAAAAGAAAACAA